GCUAACUUCCCCCUCCCUCCGUUUCCCCCCCCCACCCCUCAGAUCCGUCCCCAUGCGAUCACCUCCGCCGCCGGAGGCUGGCGGCGGUGCCCACGACGCCGAGUCCCUUUUCCGGUCGAAGUCGAUCCCUGAGAUCCGUGCCGGGGAGGCGGCGACGCGGCGGGAGAUCAAGGCUAAGGAGGAGGAGCUCCGCCAACUCGUCGGCGAGAGUUACCGCGACCUCAUCGACUCCGCCGACUCCAUCCUCCUCAUCCGCUCUUCCUGCGAGUCCAUUGACUCCAACCUCGCCGCCAUCGACGCUGCCGUCGGCUCCCUCUCCGCCCCUGCAGCCGCCCCCGUCCUCAGCCCCAACCCCGCACGCGCCCGCGUCUAUGGCAUCGCGUCCAGGGUCAAGUACCUCGUCGACACCCCCGAAAACAUCUGGGGCUGCCUCGACGAGUCCAUGCUCCUCGAGGCCUCCGGGCGGUACCUCCGCGCCAAGGAGGUCCACGGCCUCUUCGCCGACGACGCCGCUGAUCGCGAGGUGCUUGCCAAGUUCCCGCUGCUCCGGCACCAGUGGCAGAUCGUCGAAGGCUUCAAGGCCCAGAUUUCCCAGAGAAGCCGGGAGAGGCUUACGGACCAGGGGCUCACCGUCGCGGCCUAUGCUGAUGCCCUCGCUGCCGCCGCCACCAUUGACGAUCUCGACCCAAAGCAGGUGCUCGGCCUGUUUUUGGACUCCAGGAGGUUGUGGAUCUCGCAGAAGUUGGCGGGUACCUCCUUGGACCCUGAUUCUUCCUCCUGCUUGCUAUGUGAUGUGGUGAGGACGAUUAGAUCUAGUCUGGGGCAAGUGGGCGAGCUCUUUCUUCUCGCAUUGAAUGAAAUGCCGUUGUUCUACAAGAUGGUGCUCGGAUCUCCCCCUGGAACGCAGUUGUUUGGGGCGAUUCCCCAUCCUGAGGAGGAGGUGAGGCUUUGGAAGUCACAUCGGGAGAAAUUGGAAGCAGUCAUGGUUCUUCUUGAGCCAGAGUUCAUUGCUCAGACCUGUUCUUUGUGGUUGAGAAACUGCUGCGAUGAGAUCUUUGGGGUGCUGGCUGGCGGUGCUUAUAUAAUUGAUGCAAUUGCAAGCGGACAAGGGCUUUCGACUGUUGAAAAACUGGUCUGCGAAGCCUUGGAUGAUCGAGGGGACCUGGAGGAUAGCUUGGAGCAGUGGCUGAAGAGUGUUUUUGGCUCCGACAUUGAGUCUCCAUGGAACCAGAUUCGAGGCAUCAUUCUGAAAGAUGGGAAGGAUAUCUUUGAAGAUAGGUUGGAAGAGGCAUUUGUUAAAAGAAUGAAGGAGAUCGUGCAUUCUGAGUUUGAUAACUUGAGCCAGGAUAUCAACUUGAAGAACUCUAUUCAGGCUAUUGUGGAGACCACAGAUCCAAAAGAAGAUCAGGAUGAUUUCCAAGCUUACUUAAAGAAACCAUCUAAUGGUUGCGGUAUUUGGUUCUCAGAGCCAAUUCAAAAGAAAACAGGAUUGCUUUAUGCACUUAAGCUGACAAUUUAUGAGAAUGACUUCCAGAAUAGCCUUAACACAUAUCUUGGACCUGAAGUUACUCGGAUCAGAGAUGUGGUGGACAACAAAUGCCGGAGCAUAAUAGAGGAUCUCAUAUGCUUUGUAGAAUCUCAUAACUCUAUUAUUAGGUUAAAAGAGUUGGCACCAUAUCUUCAAGAGAAAUGUUACAACAUCAUAUCUGUUUUGUUGAAGGAAAUUGGAGAUGAACUUGCACAGCUUUCUACUUCUUUAGGCAGCAACAAGCAGGAAAAUCAUUCUUUACCUCACUCGAUGCUUGUUGAGAGAUCGCUUUUUCUAGGGCGUCUUUUAUUUGCAUUGCAUAACCAUUCAAGUUAUAUACCACUAGUUCUUGGUUCCCCGCGACAGUGGGUUAAUGAUAUGACAGGUGUAGUCUCUGCUAGCCUACCAUCAUUUCCUCUGCCAGUGCAAUCUAAGGUGGUUUUUGAGUCCCCAAUCUCUUCUAUCCCUAAAAGGCAUACAUUUGACAGUUCCAAAAGUCCUAGAAGACAAUUUCUUGAUAAUCCAAGGAAGCAAACAAUUUCAGCUGCUGCUGCAUUGUUUGCAUUGGAUGACAGCACAAGCCCAAAACUUGAUGAACUCAACAAAAUUUUCCGAGAAUUAUGCAUCAGAGCUCAUAGCUUGUGGACUAUAUGGGUGUCUAAGGAUCUAGGACUGAUUCUUUCCAAGGAUCUGAAUAGAGAUGAUGCAUUAUCUGCAUCCACUCCUUUACAGGGUUGGGAAGUAACAAUCAUCAAACAAGACGAAUCCAAUGAGGGACCAUUGGAGAUGACAAUCGCUCUUCCUUCUGUGCCUUCACUCUAUAUCACCUCCUUUCUCUUUCAAGCAUGCCUAGAAAUUCAUAAAAUUGGAGGUCAUGUUCUUGACAGAUAUACACUGCAAAUGUUUGCAUGGAAACUUUUAGAGAAGGUGGUUGGUAUAUACGAAAGUUUCUUAUCAGCUGUGAAGAGUGGUGAAUCUCAUGUUUCAGAAAAGGGAAUCUUGCAAAUUCUGCUAGACCUAAAAUUCAUUGCUGAUGUUCUAUCAGGGGGCAAAGAUUCCACCACCAGUAGUCCUGAAUUAAAUGCCGCAGAGAAUUCAUCAAGAAAUGUAUCACUGAGUCCUUCGUUGAGAUGGAAGCAUCCAUAUGCCCAGUCUGAUUCUGCUAAUGUUGAGGCUGUUACAAGGCUAAUAAAUAGCUUCUCACUGAGGCUGGAUCCCAUUGAUUGGGCUACGUAUGAAUCUUACCUUUGGAAAAAUGAGCAGCAAUCAUACAAGCGAUAUGCUGUCCUGUUUGGCUUCUUGGUCCAACUUAAUCGCAUGUACACAGACACUAUUCAAAAAUUGCCUACAAAGUCGAAUACAGGCUCAAACAUCAUGAGAUGCUCCACUGUUCCUCGAUUUAAAUACCUUCCAAUCAGUGCUCCUGCCUUGUCUUCAAGAGGUGCACAUAAAUCAGCUCUGCAGGCAGCUGAUGAUUCCACAAUGAGGAGUUCUUGGAAAGCAAACACAAAUGGAGAACAAUUGUCAAAGUUCGAGUUUGAUGAUGGUACAAAUUUUGGAGUUGCAGCACCAUUGCUUAAGUCCAUAAUGACACAGGUUGGCAGCAAAUUUGGGGAGAGUACCUCUAGGUGGGGCUCCAUGCUGUCUGAUGCACAAGUCGGUAAGCUCAAGGACAGAUCUGCAGCUGCCAUGUCAACAUUUGGUGACAUUCUUCCUGGCCCAGCAGCCGGACUAUUGUCGUCUCUUACAUCAGGGGCUGCCAUGUUUGACACUUGAAUGCUGGUGGAUCUGUGUUUGUUCCAUAGUGAUUUUGAAAAUUGAUCAAAACCCAUCUUAUACUUCAUGAACUGGAGAGUAAUAGAGGCAGAUGUGUACAGCUACACUAGCACGUAAUUGGUGCAGUGAAGGUUUCUAUUCUUGAAGAUAUUGGAACUUCUCGGACCUGCGAAUCUCUCGGAAUGUUUGUAGUAGAAAUUGGACUGCAGCGUUGUAUAUGGUCCUGCAUCUACAUAGCACCAAAAUAAAAGAAAAAGGCGGCAUAUCCAGAAGGGUCCGAACCAUUUAAUCUUGUUUGGUAAGUUGUACGUAGUUAAUUCAAGGUAUGUUGGUAUCUGUUUUUCAUGAUUAUAUCGUCACCUAUGUCAUCACCUGAAUACAUAUUAGUCUCUUUUCGUUGGUCAUUCAGAAUGGUAGAGACGGCUUCCCAUGUAAUUUGUUCACAGAUUUUGUAUGUGAUUUUUGAAAUAAUACAGAGGUUUCAUAGUUAUAAAA